GGUAUGAAAUUGACAACCUCCAUCACAAACAACUAAUUUGAGGUUAUAUUGGAAUUCGCUUUGACAUUUCAAGUUGUAGUGAAUAAACACCAACAAAAUGCCGCGAAUUAUGAUUAAAGGGGGUGUUUGGAGAAACACCGAGGAUGAGAUAUUAAAAGCGGCUGUAAUGAAAUAUGGUAAAAACCAAUGGUCAAGAAUCGCAUCGCUUUUGCAUAGAAAAUCGGCUAAACAAUGCAAAGCGCGUUGGUUUGAAUGGUUAGAUCCGAGUAUUAAAAAAACGGAAUGGUCUCGAGAAGAAGACGAAAAGCUUCUUCAUUUAGCGAAAUUAAUGCCUACUCAAUGGAGAACCAUCGCCCCAAUAAUCGGGAGAACAGCCGCUCAAUGUUUAGAAAGAUACGAAUAUUUAUUGGAUCAGGCCCAAAAGAAAGAAGAAGGAGAAGAUGCCGCCGAUGACCCCAGAAAAUUGAAACCAGGCGAAAUUGAUCCUAACCCCGAAACAAAACCAGCUCGACCUGAUCCCAAAGACAUGGACGAAGACGAAUUGGAGAUGCUAUCUGAAGCUAGAGCUAGAUUAGCAAACACCCAAGGUAAAAAGGCGAAAAGAAAAGCACGCGAAAAGCAAUUAGAAGAAGCUCGACGACUUGCAGCUUUACAAAAACGUCGGGAACUUCGCGCCGCGGGUAUUGAAGUUUCAUCGAGGCGUAAGAAAAAGCGUGGUGUUGAUUACAACGCGGAAAUUCCGUUUGCAAAGAAACCAGCUUUGGGUUUUUAUGAUACCUCUAAAGAAAUUAUCGACCCCAUGGCUCCAGAUUUCUCGAAAAUGCGCCAACAAAACCUCGACGGGGAAUUAAGAAGCGAACAAGAAGAACGCGAGAGACGCAAAGACAAACAAAAAUUAAAACAAAUGAAAGAAAACGAUAUCCCUUUGGCAAUGUUAAAUAAUCAAGAACCAGCAAAGAAGCGUUCAAAAUUAGUAUUACCCGAACCGCAAAUUUCCGAUCAAGAAUUACAACAAGUUGUUAAAUUAGGUAAAGCAAGUGAAGUCGCUAGAGAAGCUGCCGCUGAAAGCGGCGUUGAAACAACCGAUACUUUAUUAGCGGACUAUUCAAUUACCCCUCAAGUUGCCGCCACUCCAAGAACUCCAGCCCCACAAACAGAUCGAAUUCUACAAGAAGCUCAAAAUGUAAUGGCGCUAACUCACGUUGACACCCCGUUAAAAGGUGGUUUAAACACACCAUUACAUAAUUCAGAUUUUAGCGGGGUUUUACCACAAAGCCAAGUUGCCGCGACUCCAAACACAGUUUUAGCGACCCCUUUUCGAUCCGCACGAAACGAUGGCGGCUCGAAUACUCCAGGAAGUAUCGGGUUUUUGACCCCAAAAAGUGGAGCGAUCGUUCCCGUUGCACAACAACAGGGUGAUUUUACCCCAACUACAGUACGCGAUAAAUUAAACAUAAAUCCCGAAGAUAACUUAGAAGUUGGUUCAACUCCCGCGCAACAUCGUAAUUACCAAGUUUCCAUCAAAGAACAAUUAAAAUUGGGGUUGAGCACCCUUCCAGCGCCGAAAAAUGAUUACGAAAUCGUCGUUUCCGAACGCGACGAUGAAGAAACUCCAGAAACGGCGAAAACUCACCAAAUUGAAGAUCAGGCCGAUGUCGAUGCGCGCCGGGAGGAAGAAAUUAGGGAAAAAGCGGCUAAAGAAUUAGCUUUAAGGAGUCAAGUGAUUCAAAGAGAUUUUCCAAGACCUCAAGAACCCAAUUUAGCGGUUCUGAGACCACCGGGUGAUAGUUAUUCAUUAACAGAUAUGCAAAAAGCUGAAGAAUUAAUUAAAAAAGAAAUGGUAACAAUGUUGAUCUAUGAUGGAAUUAAAAAUCCUCUACAAUCAAUAGGAAAGCGUCAAACGAUAUCUCAAGCUCAACAACUGUCAUAUUUAGAACAAAAUCCGCAUGAUAAUAUAACCGAAAAUGAAUUAGAAGUGGCGAAAAUGUUAUUAAAAAAAGAAAUGGAUGUUGUUAAACAUGGCAUGAAUCAUGGUGAUUUAUCCAUGGAUGCUUAUACUCAAGUUUGGGAGGAAUGUUUAAGUCAGGUUUUGUUUUUACCCAAUCAAAAUAGAUACACAAGAGCGAAUUUAGCCAGCAAAAAAGAUCGACUGGAAUCUUUGGAAAAACGUUUAGAACAAAACCGAUUGCACAUGUCAAAAGAAGCGAAACGCGCCGCAAAAAUGGAGAAAAAAUUAAGGAUUUUAACCGGCGGUUACCAAACUAGAGCGCAAACUUUAAUAAAACAAUUACAAGAACUUUACGAGCAACGAGAUCAAGCUCAUUUGGAAUUAAACACUUUCAAAUUUUUACAAGAACAAGAAAAAGCCGCUUUACCAAGAAGGAUUCAAUCGUUAACCGAAGAUGUUACGCGACAAAUGGAAAGAGAAAGGGAGUUGCAACAAAAAUAUGGACUGUUGCAAGAUCAAAUAAGGGAAUUGCAAGAAUAUGAAAUGCAAAUUGUUCAAGAACAGAAACAACAGAUGGAAGAGAACAUUUCGGUUGUACAAAAACCAGUUGAUUUUCAGGAUGAAAUUGAAAAUCAGGAUGAUGGGGAGGAGAACACUGAAGAUAAAGGAGAUGAAAUUGUGGAUGAAGUAGAAUAAGAUUUUUUUUGUAGAGAUUUCAUUGUAUGAUACAUUAUUUGACAAAAAUAAAAAAAAAUUAGAGCUAAAUUAAA